GCAGAAACAUGGAGAUCGCAUUCGAUUUGUCAACAAUUUUUACGGAUAACAUUCAACGUCUCACUCGAACUGACCUAUUGAAGUAUGGACCAAAACGAUAUUGGGCUGUGGCUCAAAGUAUAGAUUGCCUGGGUGAAAUGUCAUCAAAGUUCCACGGAUGGAAGAGAGUCAUCACAAUGUAUGACAAGAUCGUUGACCAUGACGAGGAGCAGACGACCUACAUUAUGUGGGAGAAAGUUAAUGGAAGCAAAAGUAUACUCAAAGGGUUGCUUCGAGUUGGAUAUAAAACGCUUUAUCUGACAGAUAAUGAACAAAAUCAGUACAUGGAAAAAGCAAUGUGCAUUUUGGACUUUUUCGUUGUGCCCACCGAACAACGCUCCGGAAAUGGAUUCAAAAUGUUUGAUGAAAUGUUAAAAGCUGAAAACGUAACAGUAGACCAAUGCGCAUUCGACAAACCAUCAGCUGCUCUCCAACAAUUUCUAGAAAAAUAUUAUGAUAGAAAAGAUUUGGUAUGGCAAUCAAACAAAUAUGCAUUAUGUUCAAAUUUUUUCAUUGGACGUCACCCAACUGUUCCAUUCACCCCUCGCCAGACAAAACGAGCGUCUCGAGCCAGUUCAGCUGUGUCCAGUCAUGCAUCCAGCCGUAACACCUCCCCAAUUGGGCGCAAUCGCCCCCGUCACGACUCGGUUGCUGAUUUGAUGCGCCAGGAUAUGUUAGCCGGAGUGCGUGCUGAAGUAGACCCAAAUAGUCCAACAGGCUUGAAAAAUGCUCGAGAUUUUGGACAUCGCCGGAUUUGGUGAUAAGCUGCUAGUUUUUGAUUAUUUACUUUGGCGGCAGUACACAAUAAAUAUGCCUCCUUGCCUUAGUUAUGAUCUCAUGAUUUUUGAUAUUUCAAUCCUUUUUCAUAAUUCUUCUAAUCGCUUAAUAUCAAAGUUGGCUGUUUUCAAACUCAAAAUAAUAAAUACGAAUUAUUCAUA